CAACUGCUGCCCCUGGCGGCGCGGCUGGAGAAGGCGAGCAAGAUCCGCGAGCUGCACUAGGAGAUGAAGAGCGUAAUCGAGGGCAUCCUCCGGAAGGAGAAGAACCAGGGCGCGGUGAAGUUCCUCUCUGCGGGCGAGCUGGAGCAGGGCUACCAGUACUUCAGCGAGAUCAACAUGCUGGACAUGACGCGCGAGGGCGAGGAGCAGCUGGCACACGCCGAGAAGCAGUACCUGGCGCGGCUGGAGAAGGUGGAGUACAGCAUCACCGAGAACCUGCGGGAGCAGCUGUCGGCCACGGCCAGCACCGACGAGAUGUACCGCAUCCUGGCCAAGUUCAACCGCCUCUUCUUCCGCCCCCGCAUCAUCAGCGCGGUCCAGGAGUACCAGAGCCAGCUGCUCAAGGCCCUCAAGAAGGACAUCGAGCGCCUCAACGAGAAGUACCUGGCCCGGCCCUACGAGGAGACCGACAACGCGCGGGUGUGCCGGGUGCGGGACGUGCCCCCAGUGGCGGGGUCGGUGAUCCGGGCCAUCCAGAUCGAGAAGCACCUGAACCGGCUGCUGGAGCGGGUCAAGACCAUCCUGGGGGCCUCCUGCUUCAACCAGCGCGAGGGCAAGGAGGUCGAGGACCUGGUCAAGGACUUCAUCUUCCGGCUCAAGAACUACAACGAGGUGGUCAAGGACUGGGGCGUCAGCACCCACGUGGCCGCCAAGUCCUUCAACUUCAGCCACGAGCGAGUCCUGCGCCUGGACCGCAAGCCCGCCCAGGUGCUCGUCAACUUCGACUACCGGCUGGUCGACCUCAUCAAGGAGAUCCGCAACUUCCUGACCAUGGAGCUGAAGCUCAACUCGCGGUCCUCGCUGACCUUCUACGCGGGGAUCAUGAAGACCGCCUGUGCGAGCGCAGUCUCGCUGCGGGAGUCGAUCUACCUGUUCAGCCAAAUCACCAGCCGCCUCGACAGCAAGAUCGGGCUGCUCCUGGCCGAGGCCAACAACCAUGUCAUCCGCUCCCUCCGCAAGGGCCUCGACAUGUUCUGGUCCAACAACGAGGCCGUCCUCUUCCUCCAGCAGACGGUGGCCGAGGCCGUCCUCGGACUGCACGAGCUGGUGACCCUCGUGCUCGAAAAGAACGAGCAGAACGAAGCCGUCCUGCUGACCCUCCCGGCCUGCCCCCUCGAACACACCCUCCUGCGGGAAAAGCUGGCCUCCAUCCAGUCGGUCAUCUACUCCUUCCACCUCAAGCGCGCCUCCAACCUGGCCGAGUGGACUGCUCACCUCAACGAGCAGAUCGAGCGCCACCUGGUGGCCCGCGCCCAGCAGCUCAUCCAGGAGUUCCUGAGGCAGUUCGAGGACUACGACGGGCAGGCGGGACUGGUGGAGCGGCCCCUUGUGCUGGAGCUGAAGAUGCAGGAGAACCGCAUUUACCUGGACCCGCCGAUCGAGUACGCCCGGCAGCACUGGUACACCGAGUUCCACCGGGCCCUGGGCAUCCUUACAAGUCUGCCGAAGAUUGACCCCGCGGGACGGCAUCAAAAAGCCGCCUCGGAGACCUUCGAGAGCGUGCUCGACCGGGUGGACCGGGAGGUGCUCAAAGGGGCCUACCGCACCAUCAACCGCGUGGUGGCCGCCGCCGAGCAGUACGCGCGAGAGUGGACCAACUACCAGGCGCUCUGGGACAUCGACGUCCGCAAGGUGUACGAGUUCCUGCGGGAGGAGAUCGACCGGUGGCAGGACCUGCUGAACGAGCUGAAGCGCAACCGCAGGACCUUCGACAACAGCGAGACCGAGCGGCAGUUCGGGCCGAUCGUGGUGGACUACUCGAGCGUGCAGGAGAAGAUCAACCACAAGUACGACAACUGGCACAAGGAGAUCCUCAACCACUUCGGCGAGAAGCUGGCUGACAAGGUCAAGGUCUUCCACGCGGAAGUGAGCCGGGCCCGCGAGCGCCUCGAGAAGAUCAACUUCGCCUCGGGGCUCGACAUCGUCCAGGCCAUCUCCGACUUCCAGACCAUCCGCCAGAAGAACGGCCAGUGGGCCCUCGACAUGGACACAUACUCCUCCUCCUUCAAGCUGCUCGAGCGGCAGCGAUACGCCUUCCCCCAGGACUGGCUCGAGGAAAGCGUGGUCGAGGCCGAGUGGAGCGCUUUCCGCCAGAUUUUCGUGAAGAAGUCCGCCCAGCUCGAGGCAGAGACCCCCAAGCUGCAGGCCAUGGUGCUGGCCGAUGAGCAGGCCAUCCUCGAAAAGGUGCGCGAACUAGACCAGAACUGGGCUGCAGAGAAGCCCGCUGGGCGGGACUGCCACCCGAAGGAGGCGCUGGACCAGCUGUCGAUCGCGGGGCAGCGGGCCGAGUCAGCGCGCAAGGGCUACGAAAGCUGUCUGCUGGCGAAGGAGCUGCUGGGACUGGAGAUGGUGCGGAAUGACAGGCUGGAGGUAAUCGAAGAAUAGGUCGAAGGGCUGCGGGAAGUGUGGCAGGGGCUGGCACGGGCCUGGGCCCCGCUGGACGGGCUGCGACAGCUGGUCAGCUCGGUCACCAGCAAGAAGGUCACUGAGCUGUCGGACGAGGCGCGCAAGACGGUCAACGGGCUGCCGCUCAAGCUGAAGAGCUACGAGGCCUUCGAGCGGACCAAGGCGCGGCUGGAGGGGGUGGUGCGCAUGAACAAGACCAUCCGGGAGCUGAAGGGGGACGCCAUGCAGCCCAAGCACUGGAAGAUGCUGCUGCAGAAGACCCGCAGCAGCAUGGUCUCGUCGGAAGUGACCUUCGGCGGGCUGUGGGGGCUGGACCUGAACCGGCACGAGGCGGUGGUGAAGGACGUGCUGAGCGUGGCGCGGGGCGAGAAGGUGCUGGAGGACAUGCUGCGGGGGGUGAAGGAGUACUGGGCGGGGUACGAGCUGGAGCUGGUGCAGUUCCAGAACCGGUGCAAGCUGAUCCGGGGCUGGGACGAGCUGUUCGAGAAACUCAACGAGGACCUGUCCUCGGUCACCUCGAUGAAGAUCAGCCCCUACUACAAGACCUUCGAGAGCGAGGUGGCUGCCUGGGACGACAAGCUGCAGCGCAUCCAGCUCACCCUCGACACCUGGAUCGACGUCCAGAAGCGCUGGGUCUACCUCUACGGCAUCUUCUUCGGGGCCUCCGACAUCAAGGACAUGCUCUCCAACGAGUUCACCCGCUUCAAGGGCAUCGACAGUGAGUUCUCCUCCCUCAUGAAGAAGGUCGCCGCCAAGCCCAACCUCCUCGAGGUCAUGCACUACCCCAACCUCGCCAAGACCCUCGAGCGCCUGGCUGACAUGCUCGCCAACGUCCAGAAGGCCCUCGGCGACUACCUCGAGAAGCAGCGCUCUCAACUGGCCCGCUUCUACUUCGUGGGCGACGAGGACCUGCUCGAAAUCAUCGGCAACAGCCGGGACGUGGCCGUGGUGCAGCGACACUUCAGCAAGAUGUACGCGGGCAUCAGCACCCUGCGCACGGGCGAGAGCAGGGACAUCAUCGUAGAGAUGGCCAGCCGCGAGGGCGAGCUGGUCCCGCUGCGGGCUUCCGUCAAUAUCCAGGAGGACCCGCGCAUCAACGUCUGGCUGGCCAAGGUCGAGCGUGAGAUGCAGCUCACCCUCGCCACCCUGCUCGAGCAGUCGGUCGCGGACAUCGCCGGGGACGACCGCGCCGAGACUCUGAUGGGGAUCAUCGAGCAGUACCCCGCGCAGGUGGUCAUCCUGGGACUGGAGGUGCUCUGGAGCAGCAAGGUCGAGCAGGCGCUGGAACCAGGUCUGCAGCCAGUGCUGGAGUACCUGCUGGGGCUACUGGCGGCCCUGGCAGAGCGGGUGAUGACCGACAUGAAGACCAACUUGCGGCAGAAAUUCGAGCAAGCGAUCACGGACUACGUCCACCAGCGGGACGUGGUGCGGCUAUUGCUGCGGCAGGGCGUGCGCUCAGAAAAGGAGUUCAGCUGGCAGUACUACAUGCGCAUGGUCUACUUCCCGCGCGAGCAAGACGUCCUCAAGAAGCUGGAGAUCCGCAUGGCCAACACGGUCUUCCACUAUGGGUUCGAGUACCUGGGGGUGGGUGAGAAGCUAGUGCAGACGCCUCUGACGGACAAGUGCUACCUGACCCUCUGCGAGGCCCUGCACCUGCGCAUGGGCGGGUCCCCCUUCGGCCCCGCCGGUACCGGCAAGACCGAGUCCGUCAAGGCGCUGGGCUCGCAGUUGGGCCGGUUCGUGCUGGUCUUCAACUGCGACGACACCUUCGACUUCCACGCGAUGGGCCGCAUCUUCAUCGGACUGUGCCAGGUGGGCGCCUGGGGGUGCUUUGACGAGUUCAACCGCCUUGAGGAGCGCAUGCUCUCGGCCUGUUCCCAGCAGAUCCUGGUGAUCCAGACGGGGCUGCGGCGCAAGCAGGCCCGCAUCGAGCUGAUGGGUCGCGAGGUCAGCCUUAACCCCCAGAUGGGCGUGUUCGUGACAAUGAACCCAGGCUACGCAGGCAGGUCCAACCUGCCCGAAAACUUGAAACAGCUGUUCCGGCAGAUGGCCAUGGUCAAGCCGGACCGGGAGCUCAUCGCCGAGGUGAUGCUCUACUCGCAGGGCUAUCGCACUGCCGAGCGGCUGGCUGGGAAGGUCGUCUCGCUGUUCGAGCUGUGUGCGGACCAGCUGUCCUCCCAGCCGCACUAUGACUUCGGGCUGCGGUCCCUCAAGAGCGUGCUGGUCUCGGCUGGCAACAUGAAGCGUGAGGAGGUGGGACUGCUCAAGCGCGAAGGACAGGACCCUGCGGCCUUCGAGGGCGCCGAGAUCGAGCAGUUUGAGAUGCGCAUCCUCAUGCGCUCCAUCUGCGAGACCAUGGUCCCCAAGCUCAUCGCGGAAGAUGUGCCCCUGCUUGAAAACCUGCUGGGAGGAGUGUUUCCAGGGUCGUCCAUCCCCAAGAUCGGUGAGCCCGACCUGCGGGCGGCCCUCCACCAUAUCAGCGAGCAGACUCUCCUCCUGCCCGAGGAGCAGUUCCUCACCAAGGUGUUGCAGCUGUUCCAGAUCACGCGGCUGCACCACGGGGUCAUGAUGGUGGGGCCUUCAGGUUGCGGUAAGACCAAGGCCUGGCAGCUUUUGCUCGCGGCCAUGGAGAGGGUGGACAAGAUCAAGGGAGAGAGCUAUGUGAUCGACCCCAAGGCCAUCACCAAGGACGAGCUGUACGGGCGACUGGACAGCACGACGCUGGAGUGGACAGACGGGGUGUUCACGGGAGUGCUGCGGAAGAUCGUGGACAACCAGCGAGGCGAGUCGAGCCGGCGGCACUGGAUAAUCUUCGACGGAGACGUGGACCCCGAGUGGGCCGAGAAUCUGAACUCAGUGCUGGACGACAACAAGCUGCUGACCCUGCCCAACGGCGAGCGCAUCCAGAUCCCGCCCAAUGUCAAGAUCAUGUUCGAGGUCGAGACCCUCAAGUACGCCACCCUGGCCACGGUCUCCCGCUGUGGCAUGGUCUGGUUCAGCGAGGAAGUGGUUACUGCUCGUAUGAUGUUCCAUCACUACCUGCAGCGCCUGGCCCUGCCCGACUACGAUCAGCUGCCCACCCCCGACAGUGAGCAGAAGCAUGUGCCCUCUGCAGACGCAGGUGUGCGGACCUCCUGCGUGGAGCGCCUGCAGCCCUACUUCACGGGCGAGUCUUCGCCGAUGGAGCAGCUGCUCGAGGAGGCGGGCAAGCAGCCCCACGUCAUGGAGUUCACCCUGGUGAGGGUGAUCGAGGCCAUGUUCGCCCUGAUCCGCAGGGGCAUCACCAACAUCCUCGAGUACAACGAGACCAGGCCCGAGCCCAUGCCGCUCGACCAGCAGGCGAAGUACAUCACCAAGUGGACUGUCCAGGCCGCCGUCUGGGGCUGCGGAGGCAGUCUCUCCAUCGCCCAGCGCGGGCUGCUUUCCCGCAAGCUCAAGGACAUCUUCGAGCGGCUGGUCGACCUGCCGGCGGCCCUGGGUUCUAUGGACGGCCCCUCCUACGAGGUGCAGCUGGCGGACUUCGAGGUGCGCAUCGAGGACGCAGAGUGGAGUCUGUGGAAGAAGAAGGUGCCGACCGUGGACAUCGACCCUCAGAAGGUCACGGACGCAGACCUGAUAAUAUCGACGGUGGACACCCUGCGGCACCAGGAGACGCUGUGCUCGUGGCUGAGCGAGCACCGGCCGUUCAUCCUCUGCGGGCCACGCAGCGGCAAGACGAUGACACUGAUGUCAACGCUGAAGAGCCUGCCCGAGUUCGAAAUGAUCUUCGUGAACUUCAGCAGCUCGACGACCCCUGCGCUGAUCAAGAAGCAGUUCGAGCACUACUGCGAGUACGUCAAGACCGUCGCCGGGAUCAUCCUGCGGCCCAAGCAGCCCAACAAGUGGCUGGUGGUCUUCUGCGACGAGAUCAACCUGCCCGACGCAGACCGCUACUCCACCAUGGUCGUCAUCACCUUCCUCCGCCAGCUCACCGAGCAGCGCGGCUUCUGGCGCACUACCGACCGCCAGUGGGUCAGCCUCGAGCGCAUCCAGUUUGUGGGCGCCUGCAACCCUCCCACCGACAUCGGCCGCAAGCCCCUUUCCGCCCGGUUCCUGCGGCACUGCCCGCUGCUGUUCGUGGACUUCCCAGGGUUCGAAUCGCUGAAGCAGAUCUUCGGUACGUUCAACAAGGCGAUGCUGAAGAAGAACCCAACUCUGCGGCAGUACGCGGAGGCCCUGACACUGAGCAUGGUGGAGUUCUACUCCGAGUCCCAGAAGCACUUCACCCCCGACAUCCAGCCCCACUACAUCUACUCCCCGAGGGAGCUUACCCGCUGGAAGUACGCCAUCAAUGAGGCCGUCGACACCCUCGAGUCCGUCGAGGGGCUGGUCCGACUUUGGGCCCACGAGGCGCUUCGGCUGUUCGAGGACCGACUCGUCGCCCGCGAAAAGCAGUGGUGCCAGCAGCUGGUCGAUUCCGUCGCCACACGCAACUUCCCUGGGCUGGGCCCCGAGGCGCUGGAGCGGCCGAUCCUGUUCACGAACUACCUGACGAAGGCUUACACGUCUGUGGACCGUGAGGAGCUGCGAGUGUACAUCGACGCGCGGCUGAAGACCUUCUACGACGAGGAGAUGAGCGUGAAGCUGGUGCUGUUCGACGAGGUGCUGGAGCACAUCCUGCGGAUCGACCGGGUGCUGCGGCAGCCGCUGGGGCACAUGCUGCUGGUGGGGGCGUCGGGGGUGGGCAAGACGACGCUGUCGCGGUUCGUGUCGUGGAUCAACAACAUCACGGUGUUCCAGAUAAAGGCGGGGCGGAACUACUCGCUGGGGGACUUCGACAACGACAUCCGGGAGGUGAUGAAGCGGGCGGGCGUGAAGGGCGAGAAGAUCUGCUUCAUCUUCGAUGAGAGCAACGUCCUCUCUCCUGCCUUCCUUGAGAAGAUGAACGCCCUCCUCGCCUCCGGAGAAAUCCCCGGGCUCUUCGAGGGCGAGGAGUACACUGCCCUCAUCAACCAGUGCAAGGAGUCCCUCAUCGCCCACAACAAAAUGAUGGACUCUGAGGACCAGCUCUACCGCGACUUCAUCCACAACGUCCAGCGCAACCUCCACGUCAUCUUCACCAUGAACCCCGCCUCUCCCGACUUCAGCAACCGCACG